AUUUAUACUCUAUGGGGAGACAUUUCUCGGCUGUCGAUUUUCCAAAUUCUGCAUUCUUCUUUUGUCUAUGAAGAUAUAGAAUUGAAUCGAAAUGGCUGCUGCGAAUAUUGUUCGUAGUGCUUUUAGUGGAUUAUUACGAAAAUCCACAUCUUACAGAACCCCGGUCGUAUGUAGGCUAUCUACCGUAGUCGCUGUACAAAAACUUCGUACCGUGCAAACCAUUGCUAAGAUAAAUUCUCAAGUGCAAAAUGGGAACGCGAAACUCUGCGUCCGCAACUACAGUGGUGGGCCUCCACUCACCCUAGACUUGAUUAGGAAAAGAGUUCUGCUCGUACUCCAACUGUAUGACAAAGUUAAACCUGAGAAGUUAACUUUGGAGUCCCACUUCAUGACAGACUUGGGAUUAGAUUCUCUUGACCAUGUAGAGGUGAUCAUGGCAAUGGAAGAUGAAUUUGGUUUUGAAAUCCCUGACGGUGAUGCAGAGAGGCUGGUGAGGCCCAAAGAUAUUGUUCAAUACAUUGCAGAUAAAGAAGAUAUUUAUGAAUAGAAUUUUUGAUUUAAAAUAAAUCUCAACAUUCUUGGACCAAAUGUGAUUACAACUAAAAACACUUUUUACUUACAAUUGGUCUAAGAUUUAUUGUGAUUCUGCUUAGUGUUUAGUUUGUUUUGUUUUACAUGUUAUUCAGAAGAAUGAACAUUGUGAAAGAGAAAUGAUGUAACAUCUAUCGGGUGGGAUGUAAAAAGUGUAAAUCCUGUUUUUAUUCAAUACAGCCUUGUUAGAAUAGA